AUGGCGAUGAAACGAGCAUUGGCUGCGCGUUCGGUGCACAUGCGCAUUGUCCCCCGCCCGGCCAACCUGUCGGAGAGCAGAGAGAUAUUGAGGGUCUUGAGGCGGUUUGGGGAAGUUAGCAUGUUCAAGUAUAUGAAGUAUGAAUACCAAAACCCCAUACACAACGCCGCCCUCGCCAUAUUCCGCGACGCAAGCUCAGCCCAAGCCGCCCUCGACGCCUCCCCAAUCCGCUUCGCUCUCGAACAGAUCGUGCCCACCGACUCCGACAAUGCGCAGUUCCCGUCUUCCCAAGAAGCCGCCGAAGACGACACAACCUCCUCCUCCACCCAACCUCUUUCUAACCCCCCAAGCGACAACCUAGACGAUAUACUACGACCCUCCCAACUCCUUCCACAUGAUCUCCCCUCGUCCAUCCCGUCGCCUCCACCUCCAACUCCACCCCCAAUGCCAUUCGACACCUCCCCCACCCCAACCACCAGUACCACAACAUCGUACACCAAACCCUUCCUCCUGACCCUCGACCGCUCCCGCGUCAUCCAUGCCGACUUCAUCGAGCGCCAGCCCUGGUACAAAUACUUCCACCCAAUGCGCUCGCUCGCCCAACACGAUCUCGCGCCCCAAGUGCCACACCCUGGGCUCAGCGACGUUAGCAAGCGGCCUCCCAAUGCGUGGAGGACUCCAAACCGUGUGCUGCGCACUAUGAGCGAGUACGUGGAGCAUAAUAUGCCGUCGCUUAAGAAGAUUGCAGAGGGCACGGAUGGCGAUUAUGAGGAGCGUGUUUUGCAGCGGCAGCAGAGGGGGAAGUGA